AUGUUGGAGUCCGAGAAACUAGAAUGGCUACGAAAGAACCAACCUAAGCUUCGGGUUUCCAAGUACAACUCUUUAGAGAAAGAGGGCGAUCAGAGUCAACUUCCAGGUGUAAGCAUAGGUAAGCGAGUUGUUUUGCCUUCGUCCUUUGUCGGUGGUCGUACGUUUAUGGAUCAAUUAUACUAUGAUGGGAUGGCUAUAUGCAGUAAAGUUGGGUUUCCCGAUUUGUUUAUUACUUUUACCUGUAACCCGAAUUGGCCUGAGAUUCAAAGAGUGCUUGGACCUCUACAUCUGAAACCUCAAGAUCGACCCGAUGUGAUUUCCAGAAUUUUCAAAAUCAAGUUUGACCAAUUGCUUUCGGAUCUAACCAAAAAGGGUGUUCUUGGCAAAGUACUUGCUUAUAUGUACACCAUUGAGUUCCAAAAGAGAGGAUUGCCUCAUGCCCAUAUAUUGAUCUUUUUGCAUCCUUCAAACAAAUAUCCAGGCCCCGAAGACAUUGACAAAAUCAUAAGUGCUGAAGUGCCCGAUCCAGAAACACACCCUCGGUUGUACAAUUUGGUCAAAGCUCACAUGGUUCAUGGUCCUUGUGGUUUGGUAAACGUCAAAUCAUAUUGCAUGAAAGAUAACAAAUGCACCAAGUUUUACCCUAAGAAGUUUCAGUCUACCACUAUAGUGGACCAAGAAGGAUAUCCGGUUUAUAGGAGAAGAAACAACAGAGACACAAUUGAAAAAAACGGCUUCAUUUUUCAUAGUGGUCAUGUAGUUCCUCAGAAUCCAAGUCUUACAAUGAGCGAUGCCGAGUUAAAAGACCGGACUCUAAUGGCAAUUGAAACACUCUUACAAAAUAAUAAUCGAAGCCUGAAAGAUUUUAAGACAAUGCCAUAUCCAAAAGAUUAUGUCGUUUCCUUUACAGGAAAUAGGCUACUCUAUGAUGAACGCCAAUAA